GGACUCUGGUUUCCGUGUCGAUUGACAGCCGCGCAGGUUCCACUUGAGCCGACUGUAAAUUCGGCGGCGUACUAUAUAGAGAUCGGCUGCUGCUGCUGCAGCACGUCUGUUUUUAAUGUUGGGGAGAAAGUAGUCCGGGCACCGGAAAUGGUUAGUUUUAUCGGUCCCCCGUGUUAAGCAGAAUGUCGUGUCCACAAUGAAGGUACACUAUCUGACUGUAAUACCCAAAUUUCCGGACGGCUAACAAGCCUGUACUAUUGUCAUGCGAAUCAAUAUCGGCCCGCACUGAACAAAUACAUAUUAACCUAAAUUCCUUUGAUUCAUCCGGCUGUUAACCGCGAUCCCGGACUAGUACUAUUCGAUCCAACACAGCUUUUAUUCAUCGUUCGUGUUUCGUUAUUAAAAAUGGAUGUUAUCCCUACUAGCAUCGAUUGCAGCAGCAGUCAGGAGACGAUCUCCACGCCAGCGCAGCGCACUACAAUCCAACCGGAAAUUAUCCUGCUUUUCAUCUUUAACUUUCUGACGCUACUCUUCCUGGUCAUCCGCGUGUACAAAGCCGAGCGUUUAAUUAGUGACCUUUUGAUGCAGCGUACCGCCAGUCAGCACGGCCUGGAGAGCGUACAAAAGGAUGUGGAGUCGAUCAAACGCCACAAAUUACAAAAGAACAUCAACGUAAUGUUACAGGAAAAUAUCUAUCAAAAGGUCCUGGUUCAUGUCGAAGCCAAAACGAAGGAGUUGACCGGUCUGGUGGAAGCCAAGGAACGUCUGUUGACCUCCUUAGCCGCUAAAUACCAGGCCUCAUUUCCGGAGUUUAAGAAAGCCGUUCACGGACUGCGCGAGGAAAUUGCCCAGCUGCACGUCAAACUGGAGAGCGAAGUGUCCUCCCUGCACUUCCGGCUGUCAUCCUUCUCGUCGCCGGCUUCAUCUGAGCAGUGCUUGACCAGCAGCAGCAGCGGUAAGCCGGAAACUCUGUACGUGCACCGCACUAUUUUACCCGAAAAGAACGUCAACGAUGAGUUUGUCCAUGUCCCCGGACUGGGAUUGAUUUCCACCGAAGAGCUCGACCAGAUUGACUGCUCCUUCAUCGGACAGAAAAGCAGCGGGAAAAGAAAGUUUCGUUUCAACAAUCCCUUGUCGUGGUUGCGACGCAAGACCCGGGAUCUCAAGCGACCGGAAGACAUGGUGGAAGAGGAUCGGGCGUCGUUUGGACCGCGAAGUCGCAUGUGAAACUGCAAUUUGAAUGACCUUUGUUGUGGCCAGUGUACAUUCGUCUUCACUCUGAUCAUCUCAUCAAUCUCGAAGUUUGUUGCUUUGACCUGUACUCUGCAAUAAAAAUCACAAAACAGCGGUGA